GCAGAAUUUUUUAUUUAUUUUUUUUAAUCUUGGGAUUUUUACCCAGCACUAUUUCGGAGUAGAGUUUAAGGUGUUAGUUAGUUUUGACCUAUAAACUCCUAAAUGGUUUGGGACCUGGUUACAUGAGAGAUCAUCACUGCUGCUGCAAUCAGUGGAGGUCUUUGAACUAAGCACCAGACUCCCUGCUUUAAAAGAGACGGGCCUGGCUGCAGGGGAUUUUCUGUAUGGAGUCCUCAACUCUGGAAUUCACUAUCCCAUUUGCUCUGUCACAUCCUGAUCUUGCUGAUCUCCAGAGCACACUGCAAGGCUCCUCUCUUUGGCUUCUGAGGACGAGGUCGCUGUGAAAACAGGAAAAGAUGCUGAAGUUUUGGUAUUUUUUCCUCUUGUUACAUUUGCUCAUCCAGCAGCUUGAUGCUAACCCUGGGCUCAAAGUGAGGAUCACACAGAAAGGGCUGGACUAUGGCAAGGAGAUCGGGCUGGAGAUCCUGAAGCAAAGAAUAAAAGAAGAAAGCUUCCCAGAUUGGAGUGGCCGGGAGAAAUCUGGAGUUGGCGAUGUGGACUACACAAUUUCAGGGGUAAAAAUUAACACCAUUGAAUUCCCAGAUGCUUCGGUAUCCCUCAUACCCGGGAUUGGGAUUAAACUAUCAACUCAACGUGCUUACGCAACCAUCAGUGUGAACUGGAGCAUCAGGACCUGGUUGUUCAAAGACAGCGGAAGUGGUACUGUGUCCAUUUCAGGAGUAUUUAUUACAUCAGUCUUUACCAUGUCACAAGAUAGCACAGGUCACCCAUCAAUGUCACUGGACAGCUGCCAGAUGAGUAUUAGGGGUGUGGAAGUCAAGCUGAAUGGAACAAUCAGCUGGCUCUAUAAAUUCUUUACUAAAUACCUGGAGAAGCCCAUUCAAAGGAGCUUGGAUACACAUUCAUGUCCAAACAUCAGACAAGGGAUCCAGCAGAUCGAUGCACAGCUCAGAACACUUCAGGUCCCAACCCAGAUCGAUGCUUUUGCCCAAAUAGACUACUCCCUAAUUAACUCUCCAGGAGUCUUCCAAUCAUACAUUGAUCUGGACUUAAAGGGCGCAAUCUAUCCGGUUGGAAAUUGGACUGACCUUGCCUUUGUACCAGCUCCCUUCAUUCUCCCAGACAAAAGUGAUUCCAUGCUUUACUUUGGCAUCUCUGAGUAUUUCUUUAAGUCUGCCUCGCUGGCUUAUUACACAGCAGGGGCCUUCAACAUCACCAUCAUAGAAGAGCUUUCCAGUUAUUUUAAUGUAACAACAGAGACAUUUGGUAGCAUCAUUCCUGAGAUUGCCGAGUAUUAUGUAGAAGCACGGCCUGCAAUGUUGAACCUGAGGGCUGCUGCUGCACCUGUGGUCAGUUUACAGACAGACACCUUUACUCUAGAGAUCUGUGCCUCCAUGGAGGUGCUUGCUGUCCUGCCAGACUCAACCACUCAAUCCAUCUUUACAGUUAACAUAAUAGCGAACACCAGUGCCAGUCUGACUAUAUUUGAACAGAAGCUGAUUGGCUCAUUAUGUCUGAACAGAUUCCAUCUCUUCCUGGCCGACUCCACUGUUGGGUUCUUUGAGGUCUCACUUUUGGAGAAUUUCCUGUCUUACGUUUUACGGAAUGGAGUAAUCCCAGCAGCCAAUGCUAAACUGAAGAAAGGAUUCCCUCUUCCUAACCUGGACCAAAUUACCCUCCUCAGACCUGUUGUUAAAGUUAACGAGGGUUAUCUGCUGAUUUCCACUGACAUUGACUACAAACUCUAAGGAAGGAGAGCUCAUUUGAAUGAUCAGGAAGUUCCCAACCAACAACAUGACCCUGAAGGCUGAACACUGUCCCUUUGGUUUUAAAUUUCAAAAUUCUGGAAAUGAGCAAAGUCUUUGCACUUUUGCUCUGAUUUCGGCAAAAAGCCAAAAAGAAAGAGGGAAUUGACUUGUGGAAUAUUUAUAGCAUGUAUCCAGCAGAGAACCAUGUAAAAACAUAUUACAGUGUGUGUUUUUGUGGUUACGUAGAGGAAGCAUUUGUUACCUAGGAGUUUGUAGGUGCUGCAAAAGUUAUGUUUUUAAAGGUCAAAGUCUUUCUGUUUAAGUAAAGCCUUUUCUAUAUACUUCAUGGGAAGCUCAGUAUUCUUUAGAAAAAAGGAAGGAUGUAUGCCACCAAACUGCAAACACAGCUAUC